AUGUUAUUUAAGCUUCACCCUAGUUUUUCUUAUGUGAAAAUUAUUUCUGAAGUCAAACCAUGUGGUUUGAAAAAUGUUACAAGAAUACUUUUGGUGCUGUAUAAGUUAUUGCAAUCUUGGACGUUGCUGUUUGAUAAUCAAUCUGGUUGUUAUUUCAAUAGGUCUCAUAGUGUUGGCUUUGAUUCUUCUAUGACACAAUAA